AGAUAACUGAUCUAUUCUUAGUCUGUUUCGUCAUGUCUGUGUGAGCCUGUGGGAAAAGUCAUGGCGACUCACCUUGCCUUCAGUGAGAGCGGAUAUGACAGUGUAAGAAAUGAAACUGGAUCAAUUUGGUCAUCAUCAAUCGGCCAAGAAGAAACACAAAUUUUAUCCUGUAAGUCCCAUCCAAUCACAGCAAUCCAGUACAAGGUAAAGGGAUCACAGGAAGAGAGCAAACUCAGCGAGUUAGGCCUCGAUCCAAAAUACCUAGCACAUAUAUUAACACACGAUGAAUGUCUUCAGGCAGUAAAUGAAAAUUUGAAAAAUGAUAUGAAAGUAACAAUAAAACGGGUUCCUGGGAAUUUGAGUGCUAUGGAAGUUUUUGUUGAAGAUGAAGAUGUAUUAAAAAAGAAAGAGGAUAUAUGCAGAAUUAUAGAUGAGUACUGCAGGGAACAUCUGAUGAAAUCUGAACAUGACAUUGACGAAGAGAAAUUUUCAUUUGCUGAUUUCAAGAUGGGGAAGUUUUUAGAGGGAAUGGACGACUCGAUCCGCGUUUCCCUUUUCUUUGAUGGGAAGUUGUCCCUUGUUGGACAUGAGACUGGAAUCAGAAUUUUUGAAACAGAAAUUUUGUCUUCUAUUUUGGAUGAUGAAGUGGUAAAAAUUUUGAUGGAAGUUGACAGAGAGCAGCUAAUGUACUUAAAAGUCAUACGAUAUCCAACUAAGAUAUCAAAGGAAUUUGCAGUUGGGGUCACUUUGGAUGAGGUAGGAGUACACGUAGAAUUACGUGGACUCAGAGAGGAUGUCGUGAAUGCUCGGAGGAAUGUCACUCGACAUCUACAAAGUUAUAAGACGCACUUCUGGAGUACACAGCUGAAAAGAGAUGAGCGGACGCUUUUACUAGAAAGGAGAGUGCGUCAUCAUCUGAAUGAAGUAUUCCAAAGAAACAAAUGUUCUUAUUUGAUCGAAGGCGAUAAAAUGUUUAUGGUAACAAAAACAGAUGGGACGGAAGUGGUGAAAAAGCGGUUGGAAGACGCAUUAUUUGUUGAAAAACGGCAAAGUUUAAGUAAAUUAGAGGGGAAUCUUUUCAACUCGGAGCAGUGGAUGAAAAGCAAGAGUGUUGUUCUUCGGAAUAACACACAGAGACAAGUCGUUGUCACCGUCGAGGGGGACGAGCUACUAGUUACAUGUCUGCCGCACGUCAAGAUUGAAGUAGAAAACUUUUUGGAAAGUUUUCUAAAUGAAAAUAUAAAAUCAAGACUGAUAGAGUGGGGGUGUUCAGAAGAUGGGAAAAUAUUCUUUCAACAUUUCAAUUGUGAAGAAAUUCUGGAACUAGCAAAAUCUAAAGAAGACAGUAUUAUGUCGAUAUCAGUAGAAGAUGAUGGAAUCCACGUGAAAGGUACCGAGAGUGGUAUCACCGACUGUCAACAAGUGUUGGCAACUAUCGUAAACAAAGUCCAAUGUUGUAGAGCUGAAUAUGCGACGUUUUCAGAAGAGGAGGUUGUAGAACAUUUCACAAGUUCAGCAGGGAAAAGGAGUCUUCAAGAAAUAGGACAGAGGACCCGUAGUGUUAUUCACUUGAAACACUGUUGUAAAAUUCACAUAAAACAUGGCAGUAUAGCUUCAGAGGAAGCAGAUGUGAUCGUUAACUCUGUACAUACAAACACCGCUGUAAGUGUAGGACAAUCAACAGUUGCCGGGGCAAUUUUUGAGAAAGGGGGUGGUGACUACCAGAACAAACUCGUGCAGAAGACUGGCGGUAGAAUGCAGUGCGGGGAAAUAGCUGAUACAGAGGCCAGUGGAAAUCUAAGAUGCAAGACAGUGUAUCAUGUUUGCUUACCAGAAUGUUCACAAAAACCACAAGAGGAUGUCCAUGACAUUGCUGUGAAAUGCCUUAAGAAAGCUCAACAAGAAAAUUACACCUCCUUAUCCUUUCCGGCCCUUGGGACGGGAGUCUACAAGUAUCCUGGGAAUCUAUCAGCCAAGGGUCUGUUCGACGCCAUCGUGGAAUUUACUACAAACACAAGUUCAACGUCAUUAGAUACAGUGACAGUAGUUUUGUAUGAAGAGUCGACAAGAAAUGUUAUAGAGGCAUUUGAACAAGAAUACAACAGACGUCGCUGGACGGGAUCAGAUUCCCCACUGGUGCCGUUGAAGAGGGGCUGCAUCACUUGUGCGAAAUUCACAAUCAUCUCCGAAUCGGAGAAAAAACGGGAAGAGGCGAAGAAAAAGAUAGAUGCUGAAAUCGCAACAAUUUCUCAAAAAACUCAGAAUUAAACGUAACCUUCUCAACAAACAAACGAAGAGUAUCGAACUUCAAAUUUUAAAUCAUUUACUUAAAUAAUUGAAAAUAUCUUCAUAUGAAUUAUUGUGCGCAACAAUUUAUUGAAGAUGUCUUCAAAUACAUGUAAUUUAGAAAGAUAGCUUUGAUGCAGAUAUAAACUUAAACACCUGGUGUAUUUCAAUCUAAUAUGAGCGAGUAUCUGAGCGAAUUUAACGUGUAACUUUAAUUAGAUCGGGGAUGUAUUUCUUUAAAAAAAAAUAGCUUUCCUAAACACUCUCGAAUUUUUUCCAUGAACGCAUUGAAUCAUUUCGAAACCGGUUGCUAUAGCUCAGUGGCAGAGCGUUCGCGUCGUGACCGGGAGGUCGUGAAUUCAAGCUCAGCUUGUGCCGUGGUCGCGUCAAACAUUAGACGUAAACAUAGGGGGGGGGGGGGGGGGGGGGGGGGGGAGGAGGCUUCCGUUCAUACAAGAGUUUGUACGGUAAAUAUUCCAAUGUUCUUCCUUACUCCCUGGACCAAACUCCAAACAAUUCACAUCUACAAACAGACAACGGUACCAUUACAUCUUUGGAAUCAAUGGCUAACUGUUUUAAUGAUUUCUUUUGUAAUAUAGGACAUGAAAUAGGAAAACAUUUUGAUUCUUCUUUACCGGAUGUGGAACAACUAAAACCGCCAGGCUCAUUAUUCCAGAAAUUACAAUUGAAUUUAUUGCAAAUGAAAUUAGCAAAAUGGCAUCUUCGAAAGCCACAGGUAUUGACGGUUUGUCUGUAAAACUCUUAAAGUUGUCAUUUGAUUAUAUAGGCGAUAUUUUAAAUUUUAUUUUUAACAAAUCCAUAUCUUCAUGCACAUUUGUUGAUGCUUGUAAAAGAGCUAGGGUAGUUCCAUUGUACAAAGUUGGUGAUGAGCAUCUGGUAAAUAAUUACAGACUAGUUUCUAUUUUACCAGUUGUCAGUAAGAUUAUUGAACGACAUGUCUUCAAUUCCUUUUAUGAAUAUUAUCCACAAACAAAUUAAUUACAUAGAGUCAAUCUGGAUUUAGGCCAAGUCAUUCACGUGAGACAGUGUUGAAAGGACUUACUGAUAAAUGGUUCAAAAACAUGGACGAUGGAAAGUUUACAGGGUUUCUGUUUAUUGACUUGCGUAAGGCCUUUGAUACAGUCAACCAUGAAGCUCUUUUGCACAAACUUAUAUCUUUUGGAAUUGUCACAAUACUUUUAAAUGGUUUCAAUCAUAUCUUUCAAAUCGUAAGCAAUGUGUCAGUUGGAGAGGUGUGUUAUCUAGAGAAAAACAAUAUCCUUAGGAGUUCCUCAGGGGUCAAUUUUAGGACCAUUAGUUUUUAUUUUAUACAGUAACGAUUAUCCAAAAUGUCUUUAAAAUUCUUCAGUUACAAUACAUUUGUAUAUGCAGACGACACUUCACAGGACGUGAGUGAUAAAUCUGUUGAUGUAAUUGAAUCUAAACUGCAAGAGGACUUUAAAUCGGGUGCAGAAUGGAUGCUUAAAAAUAAACUGAGUAUAAAUCUUCAAAAAUCACAAUGUAUGCUUAUUGGCACGUCUCAAAGGUUACGGAAUGUCGAAUGUUAAAUAUAGAUUUUAAUGGUGUACAAAUUUAAUUUGUGAAGCAGGCUAAACUAUUAGGUGUUUAUAUAGAUACAUGUAAUACUUUAUCUUGGGAUGCACAAGUGGAGUUUAUUUCAAAGAAAAUUGUAAAACAAUUGCUGUACUUAAGAGAGUGAGUUAUUUUAUGCCACCAAAUGCACUUAUAAAGACAUUAGUAUUGUUUUUCCACAUUUUACUUACUGCUGUACUGUCUGGUGUAACGUACAAAACCAAUUAUAUCUAGAAAAAAAUCCAAGCUGCAAAAGAGGGCAGCAAGAAUACUUCUUUUUUUUUUAAAAAUUCGAGAUAUCAGGACCUCUACUGGCUUUUUAUUUUCUUGUUUGAACUGGAUACCUCUGAAGGAUUAUUUUAUGUUUAGAAAGGUUGUCUUUCUGUUCAAAGUUUUAAAUAAUCAAAUGCCAAAUUACCUAAACGUGUUUCAAUAUACAAGAGAUGUGAGUUGUCGCCAAACCAGGUCGAAUGAUUAUAUGUCUAAUUUAUUAUAUUUACCAAGAGCUGAAACUGACAAUUAUUAACGUUCAUACAGCUACUCUUCUGCAUUUCUUUGGAACAAAAUGUUCGAAACUCUGGUUCGGCUGCCAUUUUUAAAGCUGUACUAGUGUAACUGAUGGAAUAUGAUAUUUUAACAGAAGUAGCACUUAAACGUAGUUGUGAUAUGACAUUGUGUGUGCGUAUGUCUUAUGCUAUUUUUUCUUCUUUCCUUUUCUGUCAUGUAUUCAUAUUUAGAUACUAAUUUUAUUACUGAUUAGGUGUGUCUUAUGCUAUGGGUUUUUUUUCUUUCCUUUUAUAUCGUAUUCAUACUUAGAUGCAAGGUGAAAAUAACGAACAGUGAUCAAUCUCAUAACUCAUACAGGCAAUACAAAAUAGACAGUUGGGCAAACACGGACCCCUGGACACACCAGAGGUGGGAUCAGGUGCCUAGGAGGAGUAAGCAUCACCUGUUGACCGGACACACCCGCCGUGAGCCCCAUAUCCUGAUCAGGUAAACGGAGUUAUCCGCAGUCAAAAUCAGUGUGCCAAGAACGGCUUAACAAUCGGUAUCAAACACGUCAGACAGCAUUUGACCCAAUGCGAGGUUGUAUUGACGAACUAGAUCGUUAUAACGACCAUAGAAUUUGCGAAAAGCUUACUUCAAUCGAGACUGUUGAAAUCCCUGUACCAUCAACUUGUUUGUCAGUAGCUUACCUCGAUUUAAAAACUGACUAUACCCAGAACAAGCUCUUGCAUAUCGAAUCAGUUGAGAUAUAUAAACACCAUAUGCAGGUGAUAAUGGAAUAUUGCUACAUAAAUGUGGGAAGUUGACGAUGGAGAAGUUGAAAUCAUCCCGUUUGGCAUACAGUUGAGUUGUUAGUUUGCCGUUAAUGUCUACUUUCAAUAAAAUAUCUAAGUAUGAAGCAGAAGUGGACGACUCUGUGGUGUCCUUUAUUUCGAGCUCACAGGGAUAUAUCAAAUCGACAUAUGAAUGAAAGCUAUCAUUGUUAAUAGACAAAACGUCAUCGAUAUAUCUAAAAGUCGAAUUGAAGGUCACAGCGAGAGAUUUUUUCUUCUCACGUAGAAGUUUUUGAAUAAAGAUACUAAGUUUAGAUGUUAA